AUGUCUUCCUACGUGGCGCUUGUUAGUGGCUCUACAGGUGCAGUCGGCCGUGACCUCGUGGCAGAACUCGUGGCUUCCAGUCGAUGUAUCAAAGUCAUUGCACUAUCCCGUCGAGACGUGCCCGAUUCGAUGUGGAAUUCAGUGUUCCCAUCUAUGGACUUUGAGACUGCAGGCAAGAAGCUCCAGGUCCAGCAGGUGGAUUUCGACCAUCUUUCCGAGUCGGAUAUCCCGGGUCUUGACACAGUGGACGCUGUUUUCUCAUGCUUGGGCACGACCCGCAAAGAUGCUGGUUCUAUUGAAGCAUUUCGCAGAGUGGAUCUCGAGUACGUGCUGAAAGUUGCUGAAUUGGCCAAAGCAGCGGGUGUACCGUACAUUGGACUCUUGACGUCCCAGGGCGCCAAUAAAGACAGUUGGUUCCUGUAUCCACAAACGAAGGGGGAAGUCGAAGAUCGGGUGCAGCAGCUACAGUUCGACCGCACGUCGAUAUUUCGGCCAGGCAUGUUGCAACGGGGAGAUUUGCUGCGAGGCACGGAAAAGAUGUUUGGAUGGAUGAUACCGGGGUCGUAUCAGAUUUCGGUCAGAGCAACGGCAAAGGGUAUGAUCCAUGAUUACGAGAACGGCGAGGGAGGGGUCAAGGAGUGGAGUCAUGCUGACCUCAAGGCGUUUGAGUGA